AUGAGCAUCCUAAAUGACUUUGUCGAGCGUUGCCAAUUCCCUUCUGUCGCCCCGCCGAAAGGAAAGACCUCGAAGAAGCCCGCCCCGGCCCCUUUCGCCACCUCCAAGGCGUCCAAGACUACCAAAAACCCUCUGUUCGAGGCCACUCCUAGAAACUUUGGCAUCGGCGGAGAUAUCCAGCCCAAGCGUGACCUUACCCGCUUCGUCAAGUGGCCCGCAUAUGUCCGCCUCCAGCGACAAAAGCUCUUGAACAAGUACCGUCCCGAGACGAAGCAAGAGAAGAAGGCCCGUCUCGAAGCUGCUGCAAAGGCGCAAGCCGAAGGCAAGAAGGAUGAGGGUAACAAGAAGGUCUGCACCGUCAAGUAUGGUCUCAACCACGUCGUCUCGCUCGUCGAAGCCAAGAAGGCUGCCUUUGUCGCCAUCGCCGACGACGUUGACCCAAUCGAACUCGUCAUCUUCCUCCCCGCUCUUUGCCGGAAGAUGGGUGUUCCAUAUGUCAUUGUCAAGUCAAAAGCGCGUCUUGGCACUGUCGUCCACAAGAAGACUGCUGCCGUUGUCGCCAUUACCGAAGUCAAGUCGGAGGACAACCGUGAACUCGCCAACCUCGUUAGCGCUGCGAAGGCCAACUUUGGAGACAAGUACGAGGAGCACCGUCGUCAUUGGGGAGGUGGUGUCCGCGGCAACAAGUCGACGGAAAAGCUCAAGAAGCGUGCAAAGGCGGCUGGUACAACUGUUGCGAAUGCGGCCAAGCUCUAA